ACCGUAUCUUAAACCAUGACCACUUACACAAACCCCACCACCCUCUUCCACCCCCAAAUCACCGCCUCCCGCCGCCACCAUCGACUUCCACCAAUACGGGCCACAUUCUCCGGUGAAGAACCCCAAACCAACCGCCGGAGAUUCAUCACCACCACACUUCUAACCACCUCCAUUUCACUCAUGGGAUUAAACAACGUUAAUGAGCAAGUAGCACUAGCCGAGAAUUGGGGCACAAGAUCCUUCAUAAAAGAACGGUUUUUCGAGCCGGGGUUGUCGCCGGAGGACGCAGUGGCGAGAAUCCGGCAGACAAGAGAGGGUUUGCAUAGUAUUAGAAACAUGUUGGAAACGAUGUCGUGGAGGUAUGUAUUGUUUUAUAUAAGAUUAAAGGCGGCUUAUCUAUCUCAGGACUUGAAGAACGCCAUGUCCAUGGUACCAGAAACCAAAAAAGGUUCUUACGUUAAAGCUGCUAAUGAGUUGGUUGACAACAUGUCUGAGUUUGAUCAUUAUGUUCGAUCUCCGAAGGUGUACGAAUCAUAUUUGUACUAUGAGAAGACGUUGAAAUCGAUCGAUGAUCUUGUGGCAGUGCUAGCGUAGCAAAUGAAUCUCGGAUAAAUGAUGUUGAAAUAUUACUUGUAAUCGUUUAAAUUUUCUUUUUUGAUAUGAAAGUGAACAUAAAAAAUACUCCAAAAUUUAAUCAAACUUUGUUACAUUUCAU